AGGGCAAAAGCUUGAGAUCACGUGCCGGAAAAGGUGCCCCGCUUUCGGGAUUUUUGUCCUUUUCCGGUGUCCGCCGGCAGCGGUACCGGAGUUGCAAAGGCCGGUGGAGGAGAAGCGGAGGACGAGGCAACGGACGAGACGAGGAAGCGCAGGGAGGAGGAGACGGGAUGACUGAUUGUCCACUCAGAACGGGGAGGCUCUGUGUCUUUUUAUACACGAGGGCAAAGCUUGGAAGGUCCAAUUGAAGCGCCUGGAGCUGGCUGGACCGGUCUGGACACCCCGUUCCUCUGCAGUCAUCUAAGUCGACCCCUACCACGCAAUGUACUCUGCAGCAGCCCGUGCACAAGGCCGUUUGGCAGCAAUCAACAGACACUUUUCCACGUCCAGUGCCUCGCUGGGCAAGAUCCGGGUCAAAAACCCGAUCGUGGAGUUGGACGGAGACGAGAUGACGCGGAUUAUCUGGUCGGACAUCAAGAAGAAGCUCAUCUUGCCGUACCUCGACGUCGACCUCAAGUACUACGACCUCGGGAUCGAAUCCAGAGACGCCACGGACGACAAGAUCACUGUCGACGCGGCCAACGCCAUCAGGAAGUACGGUGUCGGCGUGAAGUGUGCCACCAUCACUCCAGAUGAGGCCCGCGUGAAGGAGUUCAACUUGAAGAAGAUGUGGCUCUCGCCAAACGGAACCAUAAGAAACAUCCUCGGCGGUACGGUCUUCAGAGAGCCAAUCGUCAUCGGCUCCGGCCCAGACAAGCAGCCGGGCGACAUCGAGAUUCCUAGAUUGGUGCCAGGCUGGAAAAAGCCCAUCAUCAUCGGCAGACACGCCCACGCCGACCAGUACAAGGCCACCGACUUUGUCGUCCCCGAGGCAGGCUCCCUUGAGAUUACCUUCACCCCUAAAAACCCUAGCGGCGAGAAGAUCUCCCGCAAGGUGUACGACUACCAGGGCCCUGGCGUGGCCUUGGCCAUGUACAACACCGAGGACUCCAUCAGAGGUUUUGCCCACUCCUCGUUCAAGAUGGCCCUUAGCAGAAAGGCUCCGUUGUUCCUCUCCACAAAGAACACCAUCUUGAAGAAGUACGACGGCAAGUUCAAAGACAUUUUCCAGGAGAUCUACGAAUCCUCGUACAAGGCUGACUUCGAGAAAGCAGGCAUCACCUACGAGCACAGAUUGAUUGAUGACAUGGUGGCGCAGAUGUUGAAGUCCCAGGGUGGCUUUGUCAUUGCUCUCAAGAAUUACGACGGUGACGUCGAGUCCGACAUCGUCGCCCAGGGUUUUGGCUCCCUUGGCUUGAUGACUUCUGUCCUCAUCACCCCAGAUGGAAAGGCGUUUGAAUCCGAGGCCGCCCACGGUACCGUCACCAGACACUACAGACGCUACCAGGCAGGCGAAAAAACCUCUACUAACUCCAUUGCCUCCAUUUUUGCAUGGACCAGAGGUAUCGCCCAGAGAGGUAAGUUGGACAACACCCCAGACGUCGUCGAAUUUGCCAACACCUUGGAGAAAUGCGUCUUGGAUACCGUCUCCAAAGACGGCAUCAUGACCAAGGACUUGGCCUUGUUGGUUCAAAGAAAGGAUUACGCAGACACAGAGGGCUUCCUGGACGCUGUUGCUUCUAGAUUGGCCAAUACACUCCAAAAAUAAACAGCGUAUCAUCAUUUAGGUGUGAUGGUUAUAAUCGAAUUAUACGUCCCACCGAUAUUUCAUAUCAUAUCAUUUCAUAUAUAAAGUACUCUCCCAGGAUUUAAUUUUCCUUUCUCUUCCUGGCACCUUUUAUAAAGCUGCUACUUGCGUUUACGAAUAAACUACAUAAGAUUAAGAUAUCUUCACAGAAGGUCGCUCUUUCUCCUGUCCCGAGAGUCAAGAUAUUCCCAUAACCCAGACAUGCCGUAAUAUGUUGCAAUGAUGACUCCGCAAAACUUCAUGUACGGCACUGCAAGAACACGAUAGAAAUAGGAGUGGGGGUUCAACUGGUUCCCAGGCAUCUCGUAGUAAUAUUUUCUGUCUGUUGCACCAUCAAGCUUACUCUUUUUUUCGUUAACCUGCCCUUUCCGAGAGGAGACAUGCAACUGGCGUACCAGUCCUCCUUUUAUCCCAACCGCUUGUUUCCGCAUCUGGCCUUCAUGUAAAUUCGCUUUG